AUGGUAUUUGAAGGUGACUUCCAACAAGUUUUGCCAGUGGUUCUAAAAUCUACAAGAUCUGAGAUGGCAAAUGCAAGUUUGGUGAGGUCGUAUUUUUGGCCUUUAAUGGAAAAGAUACAACUUUCAACUAAUAUGCGAGCAAUAACAGAUCAAACUUUUAGUGACUUCUUGCUUCGUAUUGGAAACGGACAAGAAACCACAAUAAAGGACGAUCAAAUAGAAAUUCCAAAACAAAUGACUAUCCAACAAAGUGGAGAUAUUAAUCCUGAAGAAUCAUUGGUUCGGGAAAUAUUCCCAGAAAUCAAACUAAAUUACAAGUCGGCACAAUAUAACAGAGCACGCAAUGUUAGCAAGAACAAAUGA